UUUCUCUGCCGGACGCAGCCAUGUUUAAAGUCCAAUGUUAUGUCACGUGGGGACCAUGUCGACGUUCUGAAGUCGUUUUGUUUCGGAAAUUCAGAUUUCAAUUCUGAUUUAUUACACAUGUUCAGCGGUGCGUUGUUUGGCUGAACAUUGCGUCUGUGAAGAGCAACUGGAUCAUAAAAUUACGGUGCGACUCGUACAUACGUCUCGUUGUGUCCAAAUUUGUUGACGUGCAGCACGUUUCCAAGAUGGUGAAGAAUAAGUUGCCGAAGGAUUGGAUCGCCGUUAACUCGAAGAGUCAUCCGGACAGGAUGUAUUACUUCAACGUGAAGACGAACCAAACCACGUGGAUCGAACCCACGUUAAUCCCGAGGGCAUCCUCGGUACAAAACAAAGAUAAAGGCCAGGAUGACAGAAGAAAGCAUAACAAGGAUAAAGCAAGAGCACUCAGACGUGUGGGAAGCGACACAUCAUCCUCAUCAUCGUCAUUGCACAGAGCAGUUGCAGAGACGGCACAAGCGAAACGAAAAGAAGCACGUGAGAAAUCAAGUAGCAUGAGUUCGUCCCACAGGAGUUCGUCGACGAAAUGUUCUGACAAAACGAGCAGUUGCGCCACAACAUUCAUGCCGCAGAUGCGUCUUAUUUAUAACAAGAAGUUAGGCUCUAGUGAAAGUGCAGACAAAACAGUUAAAGGGACUGCAGGUAAGGGUGAUCUAAAGGUUACGGAGCAAGCUUCAACAACACCGAAGACCAGUAAGCACCCAAGAGAUAAACACGAAGGGAGUAAGAGUGAUAACACUGAGCGGUACAGGAACAAUCAAACACAGGCCACUUGCUCGUCGCACCAUGAAAAACUUUCUGGAACAAGAAAAAAAGAACAGGAAGGAAAUUCUUCAUCGCUGAAGAAAAAUUUGGCAAAGGAACGUAUGCAAAUGAUAAGGAAGAGACACAACUCUGAUAGUGUAGCAAUUAAUAAUAUUCCCGAGAAGACUCAGCGAAUUGACAAAAGUUUAUCCAACUUGUAUGACGAUGUCGUAAAUGUGCCGUCGUCAUGUAGAAAUAUUGAUAUCCGACUGAAGAGAUUGCAGAAUAGAGUCUUAAUGGACUUGGCGCACGGGAAGGAUGGUCUAUUAAAACAACAACCAAAAAAAGAUAAAGAUAAUAAGACCAAGCAAACUGACAACAUGACGAAAGAUGAAUUAGUGGAACAGGCUAAUCGAGAGGUCUUUUGUGAAGAAAUGGACUGGGAACCCAUGAAAACUGAAGAGAUCUUACUGGAGGUCGAGGUCGCCAGAACGCAACUCAGCAACAAAUAUUACGUGGAUGAGGUGAACCGUAUAACAAGAAACAAUAAGGAAUUGAUACAGCCUGGCAGGCUGGAAUCGCAAAACGAGGAAGCGCUACACGUUGUUGUUGACACAAAUGUAUUUUUAACAAAUCUCGAUGUAAUUGAACAAGUAAGGAACACGGAUAGGAAGCCGCGGCCUUUUAUUGUGAUUCCAUGGACUGUGAUAUGUGAAUUGGAUCUUCUCAAGGACAGACACAGAGAGGAAUUGAAAGCGAAAGUUAGGAGGGCCAUAACUUUCAUACACAAACACCUGGCCUCCAAGCAUCCACGUUUCAUCGGACAGACGCACGAAGAGGCGGUAAAAAAUAAGAAGGACUUCUCUCUGAAGUCUCCGGACGAUGAGAUUCUCCAGUGCUGCCUGCAGAUGCGUGACCUACAGAAACCCGUGAUUUUACUAUCGUACGACAUUAAUCUUUGCAACAAGGCAAUGAUACACAAUAUCGAUACACUGGAGCACGGUGGGAGCCUGGAGAAAACCGUGGACUCGACCGUGCUCACCGAGGAAUUGGACCUAACGGACGAUGUCUUUGAGGAUACAAAGGCGGUCAUGAAAAACUUUCUGUCAACAAUUGUCACGAAGCAGAUGUCGGAAAUUUAUGGGGCUACGGAAUGGAAGAUGUAUGUUAUUAUAAAGCCACCAUGGACCGUGGUGACUGCGUUGAAGUGCGCGAUAAAGCACUGGAUCGCUGCCGUAAGCGACUCGUUCCGUAGACAGUCCGAGAGCAUCCUGAAGGAGUUGCUCCCAGCGUUUGACCGUGCUCCAGCUGGUGGCAGGAAGUUGCGCGAUGUGGAGCACAUUUUGGAAAAAUGCAGUGAUUUACUGCAGACGGUCAAUAUGGAUAAGCACGCUGGCCUCAUGACGGAAACGUCCAGUGCUAUCACGGAACUGAAGAAGACAUGCCGGAAACACAUCACCGAUAUGGACCAGAAAAAGUUGCGCGACAAAUUAGGCUUCUCGGAAAAUCUCGAGGAGCAAGAGAACAGAGCGAAAAAAGCGUUUCUGUGCUUCGAGCGUAUUUACAGUCACGCGCGUGACAUAUGCGGUCUGGCGUGCGAUGUCGCGGGACUAGCCCGUUCCUUUAAUGCCGCACCUCUGAGUCCCUCGUCGCACACGGAACUGGAGAAGGAACGACCGGAGGUCAGUCAGAAGAUACUUGAUCUAACGAUGAACCUAAAUAGGUUACUGAGACAAUCUGAGAACUCCACCGUCAAGUACGAGACGCUGCUCAACCUACAGCAAAGCAUAAACACGUAUUUUCAACAGACGUUUGACGUGGAGCCUUUGGACAUAUAUUACUGUACGAAAUUACAAGAGGACACGCUGAAGUGCGGAUUAAGGCAGUUUCAAGAUAUAAACAGUCACUUCUGCGCGCUAGCUACCCGUUAAUAGGCGUAUAGGUACGCGCGCGGGCGCGUGUGUGUGUACAUGUAUAAAUAUUCCUUUAUUUAUUAGCUGAGAUAUAUUUAAAUUUGAUUUUUUCAAACUUUAUUUAUAUUAACGGAAAUAUGCAAUAAAAUGUACAAUGGGCAAACGAUGGAAACAAUAAUGUACGAUGGACAAACACACAAGGAGGCAGACAAAAUAAGAACAAUUCCUCCAUGAAAUCUCCGGAUGGUGAGAUUCUUCAAUUCAAUUCAAUUCAAUCGAAGAAUCUCAUCAUCUGGAGAUUUCAGGGAGAAAUCGUUCUUAUUUUCGUCCGCCUCCUUGUGCGUUUGUCCACCGUACACAUUAUUGCUGAUUCGUAAGUUGAGUUUUGAAGCGAUCGAAACGUUAACGGCACUUGACGAAAUCAUGAGGACCAGAGGAGCAAUAAGGAAAAAAGUUGGAACGUCAACUAAUUGCACUUUAGUUAUAAACAAGGUUUACCUUCACAGUUACCGAGAAAAUGAGGAAAACAUUUUCGUUACCUUCUGUUUAGUUCAUGAACAUGCUUAUUAAAGGUAUUGUCGGUAUUAGUUUCUAGCAGCGAAAUUUGUGAAAACAUCCAUUUUAUUGUUUCUAAAUUGUAUUCCGGGUCGACAGUAAUUUUCUUAUACGGUGUAAAGAGUAAACAUUCUGAGAAAUAUAACCAGGCAGCAAAAAA